AUGCCGGAAAACAUGAGCAUAUCAGUGAAUGGACAAUCUCAAGUCCCACCUGGCUUCAGGUUCCAUCCAACUGAAGAGGAGCUUCUUCAGUACUACUUGAGGAAGAAGGUCUCGUACGAGAAGAUUGACCUCGACGUCAUUCGUGAUGUUGAUCUCAACAAGCUCGAGCCAUGGGAUAUACAAGGUGGGUUCCUCUUUCUUCUUUUUGCAGAGAAAUGCAAAAUAGGAACCACCCCGCAGAAUGAUUGGUACUUCUUCAGCCACAAAGAUAAGAAGUACCCCACAGGAACUCGCACCAAUCGCGCCACUGCUGCGGGAUUCUGGAAGGCCACUGGCCGUGACAAAGUCAUAUACAGCAAUGGAAGGAGAAUUGGAAUGAGAAAGACUCUGGUUUUCUACAAAGGAAGAGCCCCACAUGGCCAGAAAUCCGAUUGGAUCAUGCAUGAAUACAGACUAGACGACAACACCACCAGCGACACCAAUAUUGUGUCGAAUGUGAUGGGCGAUGGUGGUCAGGAAGAAGGGUGGGUGGUGUGUAGGAUAUUCAAGAAGAAGAACAUUCUGAAACCCCUAAGCCCCAUAGGUUCGGGGGAGGGUAGAAGGAGCUUGUUCGAGCCGUGCGACGAGGGAGCAUUGGAGCAAAUACUGCAACAAAUGGGAAGGGGUUGCAAGGAAGAGUACGAGGGAAGCUACAGCUAUGGAAGGUUUGGAAGGCCUUAUGAGACAGGUGUGAACAAUGACAGGUUCAUGAAGCUGCCAAGUCUAGAGAGCCCAAAAUCCACAAGCAUGGAGAGCCAGCAGAACAAUAACAACAACAACUCUAAUAAUGGUGAUGAUAACAAUGAUCAGAAUAAUAAUGGGUACCAUCCCAUUAUUCCAGUAGACAUGGGGACGGACAAUGAAGGGUCAUUCGCAACCCACCAGGUGAGUGGUGGUGACCCCAGCAUGGUUCACCCAAUGGAGGCAUCAUCAUCCUUGGUGGUAGGAUCAGGAUCAGGUGGUGGAGGCCUCACCAACUGGGCUGCGUUCGACCGUUUGGUUGCCUCGCAGCUCAAUGGCCAAACCGACGCCUCUAGGCAGUUCGAAUGCUUCAACGACCCCAACAUCGUCUACUGCCCUACCCACCAUGAUCUUCCAUUGCCCACCCUCCGAUCCUCAUCAACGCCUUCGUCAACCUCCACCCUCACCAGACCUUCCCCUGCACCCGCAUACAUCAACCCCGCACACGACUUCACCAGCGAGAUUGACCUUUGGAACUUCACCCGCCCCACCUCGGAACCUCUCUGCCACGUCUCCAACACCUCAGUCUAG